AUGUCCUCCACUACUACUGAACAGAUCCGCAAUCGCCUGGAUACCCUGUGGAAGGUUGUGUUGUCCUCAGCUACGGAUGAACAGCUCGAACAAGACAAUGUCAUUCCAGAUUCUCUUCUCAAGGCCCAUAAUAUUCGGCUUUCCCGGCAUACAUUUACUGCCGACUACGAGACAAACUCGAGCUACAACCCACCCAUCCUGUUCUGUUCCCGCGCGCCUCGUUUGAUGCGCGAGACGCCCAUCAACCCGCAGGAUUUUGAUGAGAACUGUCCUGUCGGUGACAAGGCUCUGAAGUACCCUAAUUACGUCGCUCCGCCUGCCGGUGUUAUAAAUAUCUAUCAUACUCGCUGGUGCCCGACGAAACGCACUGUAUCUGCUACCAAAUAUCUUGAAAAAUGGGCUCUAAAUGGGUUUCCCCGCCGACUGCCCCCAGGAGUCGUAGACAUGGCGACAAACUGUGACAUCCAAUGGGUUGGUGUGCCUCAUCCAAUAUAUCCUGAUUCGCGUGGUUUCCACCGCAGUUGGCCCGUAACGAACGAAUGGGAGUCGAGAAUAUAUGAAUGUGGCCACAUGCUUGAGCAAACUGACUUUCCACACGUCAUCCUCAUUACGCAUCAUUCCUGUAACGGACAUGAGGGAUCAAUCAUGCAAGGCGAGCUUGCUGCCAUUAUAACAGCUAUGAGAAACCGCGCCGAUCAGCCUCUGACACUGGCACAGGACGAUGCCGGUGAUAAGUGA